UAUCGAGUGCGCUAUUAUCGAAGGCAUUUAUUAUUACGAUCACGGCUCUAUUCAAUGAGAUGACAGAAAAAAAAACGUUUUAUGAUUUUUUUAUCGUAUCUAACCAAUUUUCAUGGCACUUUCGACUUUAAUAAUUUAUAAUCGAUGACGGUAAAUAUUUUCGGGUGCGAAAAAAGUCCACCAAAUUAUUGGCAAGUAGAACAAUAAUCAAAAUGUGUGUGUGUAUGAGUUUGAAAUUGCAGUCGGGGCUAAUAAGUAUUGAGCUUAGACAAAUAAGUAAAGGUGUAUUCUGGCAUUUAAAUUUAAAAAAAAAAACUGAUUCUUAGAACGAACACAAUUGGGCAUUGUAUUUGUAAUCUCGCUCGCUCGCUCGCACUGUCAACUUGUUUAUCUCGUUUUUGCCAAAUACAUACAUUCAUCCGUAGGUAUAUGUAUAAUACAUACAAUAAUAUUCAUGAGCUACGCACAGUGUAUGUACGAAUGGCAAAGAUUAACAAAAUACCAUGAUCAGUAGCUUUGUUGUCGAGCACAAGCAAACGUUGUGUGUGCGUUCAUUGUUUCAUCAGGUUCGAUUAGCGUUUGAUUAAAAUUUCAUUUUUGUGUUCGGGUAUCUCUCGGUUCUGCUCUGCUCAUUCCCAACAAAUGUUGUGUAAACUGUUAAAUUAUAUAUAUGUGAUUGAAACUCGGUGGAAAUUUUUCGAACGAUUUGAUAUCAAGUGAAUAGAACAAAGACAAAAAAAAAAACACUUAGUCGUUUGUAUAAGAGGUUUAAAACAAAAAUGGAUUUUCAUGUUAUCAAACCGUUGAGUUUCCAUUUGGACGGAUGUUUGCACUCCCAAAAUUGAUUUUCAAGUCAAGAAAAAAAAAAUGCUGUGUUGUCAAGGCAAUGAUCAGACGAAAUCCCAAAGUGAUAAAAAAUAAUGAAUAUAAUAAAAUAAAUCGCAAUUUGAUAAUAAUUAGUGCAUGGAUGUUGGACACUGUUACCAUUCAAACAGCCGCAUUUUUUCGUGGAUUUCGGAUUAAGCAACGCAACGGAAUCUUUUAUUUUAGGCGCGAAUCAAAAUGUCCGGUAUAGUCUUAAGUGCAGUGGAAUUGAUGAGUUCAACGGUCAGUGAUUUCAGUGACAAAGUUGAUGGAAAUAUAGUGAUAACUGAGACACCCAUUCAAAUCGAUGAUGUAUCUUGCGAGGAUGACGACGACAACCGAAACCACACAACAUCAAUACCAACAAUUUUCGAAAAUCAAAAUAAUCUGGAUUAUUCGACAACGAAUCGACAGAGAUCGCCAACGACCAAUUCGAUUGGCAGCAAUAAUAUAUCGAUCGUAACCCUAGAUGAAAAUGAUAAUGAUUCGAGCGUUGUUGAUUCCGAUUCAGACGUAGAUGAAGUGAUAAAUUGUAAUAAUGACAACGAAUAUAGAAGCCCCAACGGAAUAGUGUUAGUAAAUCAAAAUAUUGACAACCAGUCGAGUAUUUUAUGUACGAACAAUGAUGUAAAGCCGAAUAUUGGCAGUAUAGCCGUACAAAAUUCAUCCGAUAUUACAUUCGGAAAUAAGACGUUCUAUCAAGGCCCAGUAACAAUAAAGCAGUUUGUAUACGAUAAGAAUAAAUGGAAGGAGGCGGAACAAUCCGAAAACGAUAACCUCGGAUACGUAAACAGCAGCACAGACAAUCUAAGCCGAAAAGAAAAAGAUUUUCCAGUUACCAAAGAUCAUCCCGACGAAAUCGAAAAGAAAUGGAAAUGCACUAAUAAACAGGCGUUAGCGAGCGCCAUUGCUGCUGGAGUGUUAGCUUGCUCAUUGUUGUUAGUAAUAAUAUUCGUGAAAUUCAACUCUGGCGACAACAACAAUACGUCAAUUGGGGACGGAGAUGAUUCUCGAUUGAACGAGCCUAUUGAUUCCAAAAUUGGCUCAGACAUAAUCACAGAUACCGCAGGACCAUUGCGGAUCGUGUCGAGAAGUGAUUGGAUUGCCCAACCACCAAGCAAUGAGCUAGUUAAGUUAGAAAUUCCUGCGACUCGGGUCAUCAUAGCACACACAGCCACGGAGAAUUGUACGACUCAGGCAUCAUGCACGUUUCGAGUCAGAUUGAUUCAAACUUUCCACAUAGAGUCGCGUGGAUGGGAUGACAUUGGAUACAAUUUUCUUGUAGGUGGCGAUGGUUCUGUGUAUGUGGGCAGAGGAUGGGACAUUCAAGGUGCACAUACCAAAGGUUACAAUAUACAUAGCAUUUGCAUUGCAUUUAUUGGAACUUUCAAUAAAAUUGCACCGCCAAAACGACAACUAUAUGCCGCACAGAAAUUGAUCGAAGAGGGUGUAAAGCUGAAAAAACUAAUCCCCGACUACAGGCUAUAUGGUCAUCGCCAAUUGAUUCCAUCGGAGAGUCCUGGUCUAGCGUUAUAUGAAAUUAUCAAAACAUGGGAUCAUUUUAGUGAAGAAAUCAACUUAAAUAAAAUCGAUGCUCGUAAGUUGAAACAAUUGCGUGUUCAACGCGAAAGAGAAAUGACUGCACCGCAAAUGAUCAACAGAAAGGCAAGCGAAGAUAGAAUUAUGCUAAAUUCUACAGGCCAGAAUCUCAAUCAACUCCAACCCAAAUGGAUAUGGGCGAUGGUGAUUGUGGCGUCUACCCUUUCGGGUGCAUUGUUUGGCUCGCUCCUAACAUCAGCCAUCUACAUGCGCAGCCAUUGGCAUGCAAACAAUGAUCUCUCUGAUCAUCUUUCAGAAUCAGAUGUCACGUUCGAUACAACGGGACAGUUGAAAUUUGUGUCAAGGAAUGAUUGGGUUGCUCAGCCACCAGAAGAGAAUCCAAUUCUGCUUGAACUUCCAAGUACGCGCGUUAUCAUCGCACACACAGCCACGCAAAAUUGUUCAACACAAGCAAGCUGCAAGUUUAUUGUUCGAAGUAUUCAAGCGUAUCACGUUGAAACACUACGAAUGGACGAUAUUUCGUAUAAUUUCUUGAUCGACGGCAAUGGUAAUGUAUAUAUUGGUCGGGGUUUUAAUAUUCAAGGCAGACACACUAAUGGCUUUAACGAGAAAAGCAUUUGUAUCGCAUUCAUUGGGAAUUUUCUGGAAAACCCACCACCAGACCUCCAAUUGAAAGCCGCACAAAAAUUGAUUGAAGAAGGAGUUUCAUUGAAAAAACUCGAUGAAAAUUACAAUCUUUAUGGUCAUCGACAAUUGAAAGCAACCGAAAGUCCUGGUCAAGCAUUAUACGAAAUAAUGAAAACAUGGAAUCACUGGACCCCAGAUAUUAAGUAAAUUGUGUCACACAUUAAUGGUGCAAUCUAUAAAUACAUUUGCGAUUCAAUUAAAUGAGAAGAACAUUGUACCAUUUUGUGAUGGCUUUAUUAUCAUUUAAUUUUUUUUUAAAUACUCGCUCGAAGGCUGCAUGCUAUAGCUUUCGCAACAUUUAAUAAUUUCGAAUUUAAGUUGUUAAGUUUUGUGUGAGAUUUGUUUUGAUUUUUAUCAAAAUCUUCCAUUAACAUAAACUUUACCAUAAAAUAAAAUGAUUGGCAGUCCUCAAAAUAGAAUGAAUGUUACGCUUAUAGCCGACAUAUAUCACCCCCAUUUACAUUCUCAAUGAAAAUUGAAAUUGUUUAACGCCUCAAUGCCAAGUGAUUGGGAGCAUCAGUUAGGGUUAAUUUCAUUGGUAUAACUCAUGACUUGUAAAACAAUAUUGUGAUUGUUAUUUUAGGUUCUGUGUCUCAACCGCAGGAACAGAUAAAGACAAUAAAAUUUAUGGUUUUAAAUUGUUGAAAGCUAUCAAUGGGAAAUUGAA